AUGGUUGGACCAAAUCCAAACCCAGAAAACCCUGAAAAGUCAGGAUAUAAUUGCGCGGCUUGUAAUCGUCCGGACAAUGAAGAGUCGCAAAUGGUAUUUUGUGAUCAUUGUGAGCGAUGGUAUCAUUUUGGUUGCGCCGGUGUUACAGCGGAAAUAAAGGACGUUUCGUGGUGCUGUCAAAAGUGCGUUAGUAUCGGAACCGGCGAUUCGAGUUCGGACGGUCUAAACGAGGAGUUGGAAAAGCUCGAGCAGGAGAAAAAGAAACAGAAAAAGGCACUCAAGAAGGAAAAAGUCUUGCAUCAGAAGCGCUUGGAAAUGCAACAGGAGCUCUUCGAGAUGCGUCAAUCGUUGGAAAAGGAAAAGAGGGAGAUGGAAUUGGCGUUCGAAAAGGCACAGAUAAAUAAAAGGAUCGCUGCUGAAGAAGCGCAUCAGAAAAAGCUGGACGAAAUGCGGACGGAAAUGGAAGGAAAGUUGAAACAGUUGCAAUUAAAACGGGAAAACGAGUUAGUUAAAGAAAAAGACGUUCAAAAGGAUGAAAUAGGAGGUGAAGGAGCGGGAAGCUCGAAAAUGGUAACGCGUAAACAGACGCAACCGGAGCCUGCAGCAUCAGGAAAAGAGCCCGAGAAGAAAAAGUCGGGGAAUAAAAAGCCUGGAAAAGUGGAUCCGUCGUCAACUAGCGUGAGCGAAUUUAGAGGAGCAUACCGCAAACAUUCGACACCGAAAGCAACCGGAAAGUUCGUCGAAAAAUUUGUUAAAGGACCGGCUACUCUGCCGGACAGUUUCAUGUUUGGUAACGCGAGCAAUAAAACACCAACCGGACAUCCAGAAGUUCCCAGGAAGAGCGCCAAGGUUAUGCGUAAGCUAGGGAAAGUCCAAGAGUCGGAAAGCGAAGAAAGUGCCGAAGAAGAAGAAAAAGAAGAGUCGUUCGAAGAAGAUGAGCGUAGUACCGGAUCGGAGCAAGAGAGUUCAGAAGAGGAGGAAGAAGGUGGCGAAAGCGGACAAGAGAGUUCGGCAAAUUCCGAGAAAGAUGAAAGGAAAAAACGAUCGUCUCGAAAAGUUGAUCAUUCGAAACGGGGCGAACAUCGUGAGCCGACUAAAGCACAGUUGUCCGCUCGGCAGUUUUUGUCCAGGAAGUUACCUACGUUUUCCGGAAAUCUGGAGGAAUGGCCGAUGUUUAUCAGCAGUUAUGAGACGUCGACGGAGGCGUGCGGCUUUUCCAAUGUCGAAAACCUGGGGCGACUUCAAGAGUGCCUAAAGGGUGAAGCGCUAGAAGCGGUGAAAGGCAGACUGCUUUUGCCGAAAUCAGUUCCGAACAUCAUUGAGACCCUACGUAUGCUGUAUGGACGACCAGAGCGCCUACUGAACAUGCUGCUAGCGAAGGUUCGCAACACAGCACCGCCGAAGGCUGAUCGGUUGGUAACUUUCAUAGGGUUCGGAGUGGUAGUCCAACAACUUGCCGAUCAUUUGGAAGCUACCGGACUAACUACGCAUCUGUUGAAUCCGAUGCUCAUUCAAGAGCUAACCGAAAAGCUACCCGCAGGAACACAGCUGGAUUGGGUGCGGUACAGAAGAAGAAGCAAGGUGGUUACACUGCGAACGUUAUCGAAUUUUCUUACGAGUAUCGUACAAGACGCAAGUGAAAUCGUGGCAUACGGAGAAUCAUCCGGAGCUGCGGAAUAUGGAUCUAGAAAGAGCAAAACGAAGACCAGAACGAAUGAAGGAUUUGUGCAUGCACACGACGCAUUGGAAAGUAGACACUCAGGUCUAUCAGUGAAGGAGAGAAUACCGUGUAGAAUCUGUGGUGGACUGAAUCACCGAAUUAGAAACUGUGACAAGUUUGGAAAACUGUCUCUCGUCGAACGCUGGGAAGCUGUCCGUAAAUGGCAGCUGUGUCAACUGUGCUUGAACGAACACGGAGCGGCUAACUGUAAGCUUAGUUUCCGUUGCGACAUCGAAGGAUGUAAAGAUCGUCACAAUCCUCUGCUACACGCGGUGAGAUCGUCUACCGGUUCAAACUGCAACAUCCAUUCUAGCCAACCGAAGUCUUCCGUAAUCUUUCGAAUGAUUCCUGUUACGUUGUACUGCGGAAAGUUUGCAGUAGAUACGAUCGCGUUCCUGGAUGAAGGCUCGUCGUACACUCUGGUGGAAAGGGAGUUGGUCUGUCGGUUGGGAAUUAAUGGUGCAACGCAACCGCUACGCGUGACAUGGACUGCAGGAGUCUCCCGACUUGAAAAAGAUUCACAGUGCGUGAAUUUCCGCAUCUCUGCGAAAGGAUCAGCUCAGCGUUUUCUGAUAAAAGGCGCUCACACGGUAGAAAGCUUAAAGCUUCCGACGCAUUCCCUACCUCUGUCCGAAAUCGUGAAACAGUACGAUCAUCUACGAGGUUUGCCGAUUGCUGAUAUUCGUUCAGCUACUCCACGGAUUUUGAUCGGGCUAAAGGAUAUACACCUGUACGCGCCGAUAGAAUCCAAAAUUGGUCGGCCAGAAGAGCCGAUAGCGGUCAGAUCGAAGCUAGGCUGGACUAUUUACGGUCCGAUGGAAGCAGUCACGACAAGUAGCGGAAUUGUCGGCCAUCAUACGUGCAGCACCGUUACGAACCAGGAGCUCCACGAUCUGCUUAAGAGCUACUAUACGCUAGAGGAGUCUGGUAUAUCGGUGGCCUUGCUUCCCGAACCAGAAGAAGACAGGAGAGCGAAGGAUAUACUAAAAAAGACAACAAAAAGGAUUGGUGAUUGCUUCGAAACAGGUCUGUUGUGGAAGGAAGAUAAUCCCGAAUUCCCCGAUAGCUAUCUUAUGGCUGUCAAGCGUUUAAAAUGUUUGGAGAAUCGUCUGAGUAAAAAUCCAGAGUUGUACGAUAAAGUACGUAGAACGAUCGCUGACUACUUGGCUAAAGGGUACGCCCACAAGGCGACAUCGUCAGAGCUAGCGGCAUUUGAUAGCAACAAAGUGUGGCAUGUGCCGCUGAAUUUCGUUUACAAUCCAAAGAAGGAGAAGUUUCGCCUAGUAUGGGAUGCAAGAGCAGAAGUUUGA